AUGAAUGAAAUUGAAAUAGCUGCUACAUUACAUGUACAAUACCGGGCUCUGCAGUGUUGCAUUCUAUCAUACUAUAUCAAAAUGGCCACAGCGGUACAGAACCCCCUCAAAUCGCAAUCUGGAGGUGCAGUCAUCAAGAACAGUCUUGGUGAAGAGUUCUAUAAGGAGGCCAUUGAACACUGUCGCAGCUACAAUGCCCGUCUGUGCGCUGAGCGCUCCAUGCGUCUACCAUUCCUGGACUCCCAGACCGGCGUGGCCCAGAGCAACUGCUACAUCUGGAUGGAGAAGAACCACCGUGGACCAGGUCAUGCUCCAGGUCAGUUGUACACAUAUCCCGCUCGCUGCUGGCGCAAGAAGAGACGGCUAAACAUUCUGGAGGACCCGCGGCUUGUACCGAUCGAGUUCAAGAUCGACUACGAGGCAACUCUAAAAAAGGAGGGGGGCAUUCCAGACGGGCCUGUGUUGGAGUCGCUGCUCGCCGGGGAAACCCUGGACAAGAAGGUAGAAACCAAGGAAGAAGAGCCAAUGAGCGAGUGUCAGAAGCUGCUGGUCGGGGAUUUCCCUCAUGAGCUGGAGGUGGACGAGAUGGAGGAAGACGUCCCGAAGCGCAAGAACCGUACCAAAGCACGGGCCUAUGGUGUCGGGGGCAUGAGGAAGAGACAAGAGCCGCCUGCCAUUGAAGACAGAGACAAGCCUUACGUCUGUGACAUCUGUGGAAAACGCUAUAAGAACCGCCCAGGGCUGAGUUACCAUUAUACUCACACACACCUGGCAGAUGAGGAGGGGGAAGAAGACUCUGAGCGACACACACUACCCUUCCAGCGCAAGAACAACCACAAGCAAUAUUAUCAAGAACUAUUGAUCGUCCUGGAGUUCCUCCUGCAGUAUUAUAGAUAG